AUGAAGCGCUUUUACCUCCUCCACCAUCUCGACUAUGUCCAGAUCCCCCCAGGAGAAGACGAGCAGGCCUUCGUCAACAGCAUCCUGGGGCGCGUCGUCAUGGACUAUAGAGAGCCAGGCCGCAACUACGUGACCAUCACGCGGACAUCAGAGAAUGCGGCAGUGCUGGCAUCCAACAGCCACGCAUUUGACAAACUGGGCGAGGCCGUGUCCAAGUCCAAGUCGUUGAAGCUGAAAUUGACGGUUCAAAAGAUUCUCGGUUUCGAGGAAGAGGCAACCAAAGCCGGGGAUCGACAGGUGAAGGCCGGCACGGUCACAUACCACUUCUUUGUCUCCGACGACGCCAUUGACCAGGUCCGUCGCGAUGCCAAAGUCAAGGAAAGGCUGCAAACGUGGCUGGCGCGCGGCGGCUCACGCGUCUGGCUGAUCGUGGGCUUCAUCAUGGCUCGCACGGCGGAUACAACUGACGGCGACCAAGCCACCCACACGUCCAAAGCGAGCGUCGAUCCAGCUGCCGCACUCCAGGACAUCUCUGUCAACGUCGAGGCGUCCCGUGAAUCCAAGGAGGGCCAACGCGGCGAUGCCAAACUCUCGAAGCUGUCCGUGGUCGCCGUCAGGUACAUGUGCCUGCAACGACCCUAUCUCUCUCGGGGGCCUGCAGUCACCACAAAGCUGAAGUCGGGUCCGGCGGAUUUUUCUGCUGAUAAGCCAGAUCCAAAAAGCGAUGACUGGGUGGCUGACGUGGUCGACGGAUCCAUCACCGACAUUCUCCAGGACAGUGACGAGCUGGACCACGAGGAUUUUGGGGAUGUUUCAUUUGCCUUUGAUGCGGAGGACGACGAAGAUUACGAUGAAGGGGAUGAGGAAGGGGAUGAGAAUGAGGGCGAGGACGAGGCGUUUUGA